ACAAAUGCCAGCUGUUGAUAUUCGCUAACCUUGCAUAUGCUACCUUGUCACGUUAUUGCCAUACCGUUGUGCUGUUGUCGGCGUUUGUGGGGGGACGGGAGACUAGUGCAGGAAUGCCACCAAAACAGGCCUGCGCGUCAGUUUAAAACUGUUGUUUUCAGUAUGCCGUCAUAAAGCGUCUGUGGGGGGAAUUCUGCACAUGAGCGUGGCGGUUCGAUGACCUGACAGGCGGCAUAUGCAUGUCUUUGAAUGAAAAACAGUAACUUUUAGAGUUGACUAGUUUGCAAGUUGCAAUGACUCGCGUUUUUGGUGUGUUUGACAGACUCACCUUGGUGGAGACGAGGAGCACACAAACAGACAUGAUGGCGGAACCUGAUGGCAAAUCCACCUUGGUCAAUGGGCCUUCUGGAGAGGGGGGAGCAGGGGAUGAUAAACACAAAGACGAGGAUGCCUGCGGAAGCAAAGAAGACACAGGAGAAGCAUCCGGAGACAAGAACGUGUCGGAGAAAAGCGAGCUGAAGGCGAGCCAAGAUGGAGAGGUGGAUGAUGAAGACACGGAUAGCAUGGAUGGCAGCGGCCUCUACUCCCUGACUGAGGACGGUGAGCGAGAGAGCGAAGGAGAUGGACGAGACGGGGCGAAGGAGAAGGAAAGUGGAAGACGGGCCGGCAGGAAGAGGAACAGACCUUGCGGCGGCGGCAACAACACCACCCACUCCUCCAGCUCGGACGAGGAGGAACAGAAAGACGAGGAGGACGACAACGACGACGAAGACAACGACAACGAGGCGAUGGAGGCGUGGCUCGGUGCUGAGCUGCGGGACUUGCGCGGUCCCGCGUGGCGCGCCAUCCCCUCGCUGCGCUCCAGGGAGAUCGGCCGGGAUGCGCCGCAGUUCGUGCGGCGGGUGUGUGGCGCCCGCGGCUUGGUGCAGAGGCUGGAGCUGCAGGGCCGGCUGGAGAAGCACUCCGGCUGCGUCAACACGCUGCACUUCAACCCGUCGGGCACGCGCCUGGCGUCCGGCAGUGACGACCUGAGGGUGGUCAUCUGGGACUGGGCCGUACGACGCGCCGAGCUGGAGUUUGACAGCGGACACAAGAGCAAUGUUUUUCAGGCAAAGUUCCUGCCCCACAGCGGCGACUCCACCUUGGCCAUGUGCGCCCGAGACGGUCAGAUCCGCGUGGCCGAGCUGUCCGCCACACAGCGCUGCAAGAACACCAAGAGAGUGGCGCAGCACAAAGGCGCCGCCCACAAGCUGGCCCUGGAGCCUGACUCGCCGUGCUCCUUCUUGUCAGCAGGAGAAGACGCCGUCGUGUUUGGAAUCGACCUGAGGCUGGACCGGCCCGCCAACAAGCUGGUGGUGGUCAAGGAAGGCGACAAGAAGGUGGGCCUCUACACCAUCUUUGUCAACCCAGCCAAGACGCACCACUUUGCUGUCGGCGGGAGGGAUCAGUAUGUUAGGAUUUACGACCAGAGGAAGAUCAACGAGAACGACAACAACGGCGUGCUGAAAAAGUUCUGCCCCUCACAUCUGGUGUCCAGUGAGUCCAAAACCAACAUCACCUGCCUGGUGUACAGUCACGACGGCUCAGAGCUGCUGGCCAGUUACAACGACGAAGACAUCUACCUGUUUGACUCCAACCACAGUGACGGCGCCGACUACUGCAGGCGAUACAAGGGACACCGCAACAACGCCACAGUGAAAGGCGUCAACUUCUACGGUCCGUGCAGCGAGUUCGUGGUCAGCGGGAGCGACUGCGGACACAUCUACCUGUGGGACAAACACUCGGCUCGCAUUGUCCAGUUCAUGGAAGGGGACAUCGGGGGGGUGGUGAACUGCUUGGAGCCGCACCCCCACCUGCCUGGAAUGGCCACCAGCGGCCUGGAUCACGACAUCAAACUUUGGGCGCCCACCGCCGAGACCCCCACCGUACUGAAGGGCCUCAAAGAGGUGAUGAAGAAGAACAAGCGGGAGCGUGACGAGGACAGCGUGCGGCACAGCGACCAGUACGACACGCAGCUGCUGUGGUUCCUCAUGAGACACAUGAGGAACAGGCGGCCCCCCAGGACUCGCCGCGAGGGGGCCGACGCCGACACAGACGAGUCCUGGAGCUCGCCCAACACCUCGGACGAAGAGGAGGGGGGUCCGGAUCAUGUCCAGUGCAUGUCCUCCUGAAGCGCAUACACAGUCGCAGUCCAAUGGGAAAACGUGUUUAAAAAAACAAAACAAAAAAAAGAUACAUGUUUUCCACUGGACAGCGACGGUGCAUUCGUGCACCUAGAUAAAGUACACUUCAUGGCCCUUGGAGAAGCACACAUCUCCACACGUGGUGUCCAAAAGGCAGCCAGACAUGGAGAUGUGUGCUUUUCAUUGGACGGCGCUCGUACACUGGCACUUCUUCUUCUGGCACAUACACGUGGAAUCUGACACAAGGCGACGUCUCAGCAGACCCGGAACGACAUUCACACCCGACACCAGCACGUAGCCCCGCCCCCCUGUGUGACUUCCCGUAUGCCGCCUUCCUUCUUUGGCCAUGCCCACCCCACCAUUGAGCGCACUUUGAAUCAGGGAUGUCGGAGUCGGACAAGCAAAACGUGCACUAACUGAUUCUUUUGGCCGUCUUUGGGGGAGAGACGGGGCUAAUUUGUUUGGCAUAUUUUUGUUGCACUUAAAGCUCUUGGAUGGAACUCACAAGGAAGGAAGGAAGGAAGGCGUCUCGCUCUGUUGCGUCCAACAGCCUUUCCUCCACCCUCGAUCACGAUGCACGUGGAGCGGCUGGCUGCUCGGCUUCAGCGUUCCUCGGACGUUCUCCUGUUCCGCUUGGCGUCUCUAACCCAGUGUGGAAGUAGAAGCAGAUCAUGAGUUUUUGUAAGCACCCCGAAUCUUCAGUCCUAAGAAAAUGCGGACGGAAGGCUAGAUGGGAGUGGGGGGGGGGGACAUGCUUUGGACAAGUGUGCUUUCCACUCCUUUUUUGUGUGAGCCAUAAAGUCCAGCUUUUUUCUCGUUUUCCGAGAACUCGAGUUAUGUAGUUUGAAUUUGUGUACAUAAUAUAAAUAUGAAAACUGUAAAAAAAUCUAAAAUUUAAUGAAUAAAUGAACAUUUAGAAAAUGCUGUUUGAUUCCAAAAUGAAACGAUACAUUUGAUUGGUUGCAGAGGUUUAUAUUGGAUACCAGGACAAAACGCAAGGACAACGCCCUUUUUGUUUCCCUCCUUUACUGUUCGAUGGCAGUAUUAAAGGUGUUCAUUGUUCUUGUUUAGGUAAACUAUUUCAUCUUUGGUCUUCAUUUGAGAGUUUUAUUCUAAUUGUGAAACUUUAUCUUCCACAGCCACUAGAGUUGGUCACAUUGUAAAAUUAGUUGGAAAUAUGGUCAAACGUUUGUACAAUAAUACAAAGACCGUACUGUUGAUUGACGCUGCUUGUCCUGUUUAGAAUUAUUCCACAUCAUCCAUUUGGUGGGAGGAUGCUGACGUGUUUGAACAUGGCGCCCACUCUCGCUGUUUUUCAAAAUGAAUAAAUGAUCACUGUUGACUACGGCAUAUUAUCGUAUUAGUCCUAAAUUAAGCAUUUAAGCAUAGAAUGUCUAAAGGAAUGGUCUCUUACAAAAUGAAAAUGGCUAAGAGAUACUGAUUUAAAGCCAAACAUAUGGAAUAGGCUUGUUUUCCCAAGAACAAAAUGUUGGUACCCACAACUCACAUUUUCUACUCACAAUGCAUUUUUAUUUUCUGUUGUCACAUGAACUUUAAUAAUAAAAUUUAGUAAUAUGGAUGUGAAUAUCAGCACUGAGGACGAUUCCAUACACAUCUGAUGCACUGCCAGCGAU